AUGUUCCACCAAGUUCGGGUGCCACUGGAGGACCAAGAUAUGUUGAGGUUCCUGUGGUGGCCCGAAGGUAACGUCAAUGGUGAGCUUUCUGUGUACCGUAUGAAGGUGCAUAUUUUCGGCGCGACAUCGUCGCCGAGUUGCGCGAGCUAUGCGGUUAAGAGGACGGCAGAGGACAACAAGGAUUCUUACCCCGCUGAGGUUAUUCAGACAAUCAAGAAGAAUAUUUACGUGGACGACUGUUUAAAAGCGGUACCGAAUGACGAGAAAGCAAUAAGCUUGGCCAAAGAUUUGCGCGCGGUAUGCGACGACGGAGGAUUCAAACUAACUAAGUGGGGAAGUAAUAGUAGACCCGUGCUGCAGACAAUACCGGAGGAGGAUUUAGCGAAGGAUGUGAAGGGAAUCGAUUUAGAGCGGGGUAGUCUGCCUAUAGAACGAGUUUUAGGUGUCGAAUGGCUGAUGGAGUCGGAUACUUUUAGGUUCAGAAUAGUGGUCAAGGAUAAGCCAGCCACCAGACGAGGGCUUCUGUCCAUUGUAAGUUCUAUCUUCGAUCCCCUCGGAUUCGUGGCACCAUUCGUACUCACAGCCAAGGUGCUUCUGCAGGAACUCUGCGACAUGAAGCUCGGCUGGGACGAGGACAUUCCUCCGGGUCAGAAGGCCAGGUGGCUAGUUUGGCUCAAGGAUCUUCCUAAGUUGGUCAAACUUCGCGUGCAGCGAUGUUAUAAGCCAGCGGGCUUCGGCGCUAUAAAAUCGGCCAAGAUUCAUCACUUUGCCGACGCGAGUGAGGUGGGUUACGGAUCGGUAUCUUACCUGCGCCUAACCAAUGGCGACGGUAGGGUUCAUUGCGCUUUCUUGAUGGGAAAGGCCCGAGUAUCUCUGCUGAAACGCGUUACGAUACCAAGACUCGAGUUGACGGCGGCUACCGUGUCCGCGAACUACCAGUAUGCCUCAAUCUCAGUUCAGGUGGCAGACCAACGAUAUGCUGCAGUGCAACAUGAACCAAAACAAUUUCUCCCACUCCAAACCAGAGUCAUACAACAACAAGGAACCAUACCCUGA